AAUGCAUGCCGGGAGCAGACAAGAUGGCGCCGCCCGUGUGUCUGCGCUGAGCCCCCUCAGUGAUCGCCUUUCCCCGGCAGCGCCCGGCUCGGAGCCCGGCAUGGACCCCGGCAUGGAGCCGCCCAGCCCGGACACACCGCUCGCAGAGGACGGGGAGCCCGAGCUCACUGACUGGAACAUCCCGGCCGCCUUCACCAAGAAACGGCACCGCGAGAAAAUCGAGGGCUGCAAAUCGCUGGCCCAGAGCUGGAGGAUGAAGGACCGGAUGAAGACGGUUAGCGUGGCCCUGGUGUUAUGUCUCAAUGUGGGAGUGGAUCCUCCAGAUGUAGUGAAGACUACGCCAUGUGCCCGCCUGGAGUGUUGGAUCGAUCCUUUAGCGAUGGGUCCCCAGAAAGCCCUGGAAACCAUUGGGGCAAACCUGCAGAAGCAAUAUGAGAACUGGCAGCCUCGGGCCAGGUACAAGCAAAGUCUAGAUCCCACCGUAGAAGAGGUGAAAAAGCUCUGCACAUCUCUUAGGCGGAAUGCCAAGGAAGAGCGUGUUCUGUUCCACUAUAAUGGACACGGCGUUCCACGUCCCACCGUCAACGGGGAGAUCUGGGUCUUCAACAAGAAUUACACGCAAUAUAUCCCCCUCUCAAUAUACGACUUGCAGACCUGGAUGGGAAGCCCCUCUAUUUUUGUGUAUGAUUGCUCCAAUGCAGGGCUCAUUGUCAAGUCGUUUAAGCAAUUUGCUCUGCAGAGAGAACAGGAGCUGGAGGUUGCCGCCAUUAACCCAAGUCACCCACUGGCACAAGUGCCGUUACCCCCCUCGAUCAAGAAUUGUAUUCAGCUGGCAGCCUGUGAUGCCACGGAGCUGUUACCCAUGAAUCCUGAUCUUCCCGCCGAUCUGUUCACCUCCUGUCUUACAACACCUAUCAAGGUCGCAUUAAAAUGGUUUUGCAUGCAGAAAAGUGUUCGACUGGUACCAGGAGUCAAUCUAGACCUAAUAGAAAAAAUUCCUGGCCGGCUGAAUGACAGGAGGACACCUCUUGGAGAGCUGAACUGGAUCUUCACAGCUAUAACAGACACUAUAGCAUGGAACGUGCUUCCCAGGGACCUGUUCCAGAAGCUUUUCCGACAAGACCUAUUGGUCGCCAGUUUGUUCCGUAACUUCCUGUUGGCAGAAAGGAUCAUGAGGUCCUACAACUGCACCCCCGUGAGCAGCCCCAGACUCCCCCCGACAUACAUGCACGCGAUGUGGCAGGCGUGGGACCUUGCAGUUGAUAUUUGCCUUUCCCAGUUACCUGCGAUCAUUGACGAGGGCACACUGUUUCGUCAUAGUCCCUUCUUUGCCGAGCAACUGACUGCCUUCCAAGUGUGGUUGACUAUGGGUGUGGAAAACCGAAACCCCCCUGAGCAACUGCCCAUCGUCCUACAGGUGUUGCUGAGUCAAGUUCAUCGGCUCCGAGCUUUGGAUCUUCUAGGAAGAUUUUUGGACCUGGGACCCUGGGCCGUGAGCCUGGCGCUCUCUGUGGGCAUCUUCCCCUAUGUUUUGAAGCUUCUCCAGAGCUCAGCAAGGGAACUGAGACCUUUACUUGUCUUCAUUUGGGCCAAGAUCCUGGCUGUGGACAGUUCGUGCCAAGCAGAUUUAGUGAAGGAUAACGGACACAAAUAUUUCCUUGCUGUGUUGGCUGACCCCUACAUGCCGGCUGAGCAUCGCACAAUGACCUCCUUCAUCCUGGCUGUUAUCGUGAAUAACUACACGACUGGCCAGGAAGCCUGUCUGCAGGGGAACCUGAUUGCGAUUUGCCUGGAACAGCUAAAUGAUCCUCACCCACUACUGCGCCAAUGGGUUGCCAUCUGCCUGGGCCGCAUUUGGCAAAACUUUGACGCUGCUCGCUGGUGUGGCGUGCGGGACAGUGCACAUGAGAAGCUGUACAGCCUCUUGUCUGACCCGAUGCCUGAGGUACGGACAGCUGCUGUGUUUGCACUGGGGACCUUUGUGGGGAAUUCUGCAGAGAGGACGGACCACUCAACAACAAUAGAUCACAAUGUAGCCAUGAUGUUGGCGCAACUCAUAAACGACGGUAGUGCAAUGGUUCGCAAGGAGCUGGUUGUAGCACUGAGUCACCUUGUUGUACAGUAUGAGAGUAACUUCUGCACAGUAGCUCUCCAGUUUAUGGAAGAAGAGAAGAAUUACCCCCUGCCCUCUCCAGCCUCCACUGAGGGAGGCAGCUUGACGCCAGUACGUGAUGCUCCCAGCACCCCCCGCCUGCGGUCUGUCAGCUCUUACGGCAACAUCCGUGCAGUGACAACCCCACGAAACCUGAACAAGUCUCUACAAAACCUCAGCCUCAACGAAGAGAUGGGCAAUCCUAUCACAUUCUCUCCUGGAAACCUCAGCACAAGCAGCAGUGCAAGUAGCACCCUCGGCAGCCCUGACAAUGAAGAAUACAUCUUGUCCUUUGAGACCAUUGAUAAGAUGCGGAGAGUUAGUUCCUACUCCAACCUCAACUCCCUGAUAGGAGUGUCUUUUAAUAGCGUCUACACCCAGAUAUGGAGAGUCCUCCUGCACCUUGCGGCUGAUCCCUACCCGGAAGCAUCAGAUCUCGCUAUGAAAGUACUCAAUAGUAUUGCAUACAAGGCUACAAUGAGUGCUCGGCCACAGAGGAUCCUUGACACCACGUCCCUAACGCAAUCUGCUCCGGCCAGUCCCACCAAUAAGGGGAUGCAUAUCCAUCAAGUAGGCGGCUCCCCUCCAAUGCCAAGUGCCAGCAGCUCCAGUCUAACAAAUGAUGUGACCAAAACCCCCACCAGCAGAGAUCUGCCUUCUGCCCGGCCUGCCAAUGUCGGCGGCAACAUCGGAGUGCAGUACACCACCCCACAUUCCCAUCAGUUUCCCCGAACUCGCAAAAUGUUUGACAAGGGCCCCGACCAGGCCGCCGAAGAUGGUGAUGAUGGCAUUGGGCACAAGAGCUUCAUUUCAGGAAACCUGCAAACUGGUUUUGGUGACUGGAGUGCAAAAUAUUUUGCUCAACCGGUUAUGAAGAUGCCUGAUGAACAUGACGUAGAGAGUCAGAUUCGUAAAGAGAGAGAAUGGCGUUUCAUGCGAAAUGCAAAGGUCAAGAAAGAAGCCCAGUGCUUAAUACAGAAAGGAAUAUCUCGCUUGGAUGAUCAGAUUUUUAUCAACCGGAAUCCAGGUGUCCCUUCAGUAGUGAAGUUUCAUCCCUUUACUUCCUGCAUUGCUGUGGCAGACAAGGACAGUAUCUGUUUUUGGGACUGGGAAAAAGGAGAGAAGCUGGAUUACUUUCACAAUGGUAACCCACGUUAUACGAGAAUAACCGCCAUGGAGUAUUUAAAUGGACAUGACUGCUCCCUCCUGCUAAGUGCCACAGAUGACGGUGCCAUCAGAGUGUGGAAGAAUUUCGAUGACCUAGAGAAAAACCCAGAGAUGGUAACAGCGUGGCAGGGUCUGUCGGACAUGCUGCCGACUACACGAGGACUGGCACGAAGGGUCUCCAUCUAUCUUGACAGGAGUAAGCAGGGCGGUGCUGGGAUGGUUGUGGAUUGGGAGCAAGAAUCUGGGCUGCUCGUUACAUCUGGAGAUGUUCGCAUAAUCCGGAUAUGGGACACGGACAGAGAAAUGAAAGUACAGGAUAUCCCCACUGGUGCUGACAGUUGUGUAACCAGCCUGUCCUGUGAUUCCCAUCGCUCCCUUAUUGUGGCUGGGCUUGGAGACGGAUCCGUGCGUGUGUUUGAUCGCAGGAUGGCAUUGAAUGAAUGCCGUGUCAUGACUUACCGUGAACACACAGCCUGGGUGGUGAAGACUUACCUCCAGAAACAAUCGGAUGGAAACAUCAUGAGCGUAAGUGUGAAUGGAGACGUUCGUUACUUUGACCCCCGGCUGCCUGAAUCUGUGAACGUGCUGCAGAUUGUGAAGGGUUUGACUGCAUUGGACUACCACCCGCAGGCCAAUCUGUUUGCAUGCGGUUCUAUGAACCAAUUUAUUGCUAUUUACAAUGGAAACGGAGAGAUGAUCAGCAACAUUAAAUACUACGAUGGAUUCAUGGGACAGAGGAUAGGAGCGAUAGGCUGUCUGGCCUUCCAUCCACACUGGCCCCACUUAGCUGUCGGAAGUAACGAUUACUACAUGUCUAUUUACUCGGUUGAGAAACGGGUGAGAUAACCGCUGUGUUGGAGACAUAGAGGGCAGGUCUUUAUGGCCUUUUCCUUUUGCUGUGUGUAAAUAAGAGAAUGCUGACCCGGUCUGACAGGAUUCAAAUGCUGCUUCUUAGAACUUGAAGAAAACUCUAUGAAAUGGACAGAGCUAACGAACUCCGGAAAUGACGUUCCUUCCUGCUGUCGAUUUUCGUUUUGCAUUUCUUUUUAUUUUAAGAGGUUGAGGUGGGAGAACUGUUUGGUCUUUUUUUCACAUUUGGCUGGCAGAUGGUUGGUUGUAAGCUGUGACAUUUGGUUCGAGCCCUUUCUCCUUCCUGCUGCUCUCACAGCUGCUACUCUGUACCUGGUCCUACUCGUUCUUGUAGAUGGAAAGUCUGGGUUCUCCUGCUUGGAUCGGUCAGGGUGUUACCCCAAAGUUCAUGUCAAGAGGCCUUCCUCUUUAACAGACCACAAGGUAAAUGUCUUCCCUCAAGCCUGUCUUUGACAGGUAAGAAGACCUUCAACUUUUUAAGAAAACACGGUCCACUUCUGUUGGUGCUGCAGGCCAUUAACCAGUUCGGAAGUACACGGGCUACAUAUGAAGAAUACAUCAUAGAUCUUGUGCCUGGUGGGAAGCCUAUGUUUUGGGAAAUAUACCGUAUGGAUGUUCCACUCCCUCUCUUAAAACUUUGUUGUAUGAAACUUGUGUUGAGGUGGUGCGGAAUGAACUGAAAGAAAAGAUUUCAUC